UAUUUUUAUGCAGGUUCGUGCAUUAAAAACUGUGUCUGAAAUUAGUGCAAAGUUUUGUAAAGAAACGAAAGGAAUGACUUGCAUAUUCCCGGCAAAUUGCACAAAUUCAUGUCAUGGUUCACACAAUUGUCUUCAAUGCAAAGUGAGGGAUGGUCAGAUAAUCAAAGCAGGACAAACUUUGGCAAUUCAACCUACUGCCAACUGUUCCGAUUCAAAAAUGAGCUGUUUCUAUGACACACGUCUGCAUAGGGGAAUGUUGACUUGGAAGAAAGACGGGAUGUUGGAUACAUGUAGCAAGCCGCUACAUAUACAACCGGGGCAUUAUCCAGUCCUCAGUUAUAGAAGUAACGCAAUAACCUUUUCAGAAGAUACUAGAUGUGUAGGAAUUCGAGAGUGUCCUGAUAAAGAGUAUAAUUCUAGUGAACCUAACCUGAAUUACACACUUUUUGAUAAGGGAAUUCAAGUCUGGGAAAGGGACUGUAACAGUGCUGUCAACAACAGUGGAAGAAGCCUUGGUGAUGCAUCAAAGAACACUCUAUUCUCCUUCUUAGUCUUCUGUAUUUUUUUUAAAUUUAUGUUUUAAUAAACAAACUACA